AUGAAGAUCACUGUAAUGACUGCCGACGAACAAAUCAUAACUUUGGACGUCGAUCGCGACGAAUCUGUUGAGAAUCUCAAAGCGCUGCUGGAAGUUGAGACCCGAGUGCCGCUCCAGCAACAGCAGCUCUUGUUUGAUGGGAAGGAGAUGAGGAAUUCAGAGAAACUGAGCGCAAUUGGUGUGAACGAUGGAGACUUAGUAAUGAUGGUCCCCAGCACUGUGCCCUCAUCCAGAACGGCUGCCAAUGAUUUGGGCUUCAAUCCAGACGGUUCUGCUGUAAACCCUUCCGCAUUCCAGCAACAUAUACGUAAUGAUGCUGACAUGAUGGCGCAACUUUUCCGGAGUGAUCCCGAACUAGCCCAAGUUGUUCUCGGAAAUGAUCUCAACCUCUUGCAAGAUCUAUUGCGCGCUCGUCAUCGCCAUAUAGCCGAGCGACGGCGUCAAGAGGAGGAGGAGCUGGCACUCCUUCAUGCUGAUCCAUUCGAUGUAGAGGCUCAGAAGAAAAUUGAAGCUGCUAUUCGCCAGAAAGGUAUAGAUGAGAACUGGGCUGCGGCCUUGGAGCAUAAUCCUGAAGCUUUUGCGAGGGUGGUUAUGCUGUACGUUGACAUGGAAGUAAAUGGAGUUCCACUGAAGGCCUUUGUUGAUAGUGGUGCUCAGUCAACAAUUAUAUCUAAAAGCUGUGCCGAACGUUGUGGGUUGUUGAGACUUUUAGAUACUCGGUAUAAGGGAAUAGCAAUGGGUGUUGGUCAAUCAGAGAUCCUUGGUCGUAUACACGUUGCUCCAAUCAAAAUUGGCAACAAUUUUUACCCUUGUUCCUUCAUGGUGUUGGAUCAACCAAAUAUGGAAUUCCUUUUUGGGUUGGAUAUGCUCCGCAAGCACCAGUGCAUGAUUGAUUUGAAAGACAAUGUGUUGAGAGUUGGUGGAGGGGAGGUUGCUGUGCCGUUUUUGCAAGAAAAGGACAUUCCAUCUCGUUUUCUGGAUGAGGGGAAGUUUGCCAAGGAAGCUUCAAGUUCUGAGGCACAGGUACCCUCUGGUAGUGAACAGAGAAAUGAAACACCAACAGGUGGUUCCUCAGGAAGUUCACAAGGACAGGAUUUUGAAGCCAAAGUUACGAGGUUGAUCGAGCUCGGCUUUGAUAGGGAAGCCGUGGUUCAGGCGUUGAAGUUAUCUAGUGGUAAUGAAGACCAAGCAGCUGGAUUUCUGUUUGGGGGCUGA